ACCGCCCCGGCAUGCUACGCCUCCAUCACUGUGGGUGACUGUUCCUUCGGGUUCGAGUCGAGGUUACUCCUUGACUUGGGUCAGGUUACGCAGUUUUGUUUCUGUGCCAGAGAUGGGGCGGUCUCAUUUUGAGUGCCUCCAAAGACGCGUGCGGAUGAGUACACGUAUCGAGAAAUACGUGGGGUAUAAGGGGAUACACUUGAAAGCCAGUUUGGACCUCGACAUCUUCGAGGUUGUCUCAUUCUUCAUCAUAUUGCUUAGCUGAUUCACAGUCAUCUCGUACCGCUUUCCAAACUCCUUAUUGCAGCCAUGAGGCUCAACUUAGCAGUGCUUCUCUUCGUUCCGCUGACGUCGUCGAUGUUAUCUGCUAACGGUAACGCCGCAGAAUCCCUGGAGCAAGUCAAGGGCGAAUCAACAUUACAGAAAGAUGUGAACCCACCAGUUGAUCAACACGCUGUCGUCUCCCAGCUUAGAGGCGUUCCGCUCGAAUCCACCACGGUGGAAGUGCAGCAAGAUGCUUUUUCUGAAACCCGAGUUUACACGGUUUGGGCAAGCGACGUCCACAACGAAGCCCAGGUCAAUGAAACACGCAUUUGGCUCAAGGGCCUUGUCAAAGACAAGGACAGGAUGCGUGACGAGCUAGGAUGGAACUGGGACACUGUCGAAGAUCUCCCCAAAGAAGAGUUUGACAGGCUGUACGAUGAAGGCAGGUUAGAAGAGGAGCUCGACAAUUUCGAAGUGGUGCGUGCAUGGUCAGGCGUGGUUUUGGACCAGGCUGGAUACGAGAAGGUCGCAGCCAAAACGGAAUGGGUAAAGGCAAUCAAGGCCAAUCUACACACUUCGGAUAUGAACGCACGUGCACUUCCGACAAAGAUAUAUACUGUCUAUGCAGCCGACAUCAGGAACGAGGCCCAAGUCAACGAAACCCGAGUUUGGCUGGAAGGUUUAACCAAGGACAGGUCUAAGAUGCGCGAGGACAAGAGGUUUCCCUGGGAUGAGCCCGGGGAUAUACCAGAAGACGAACUCGACAGAUUGUACGAUGAGGGCAGACUCGACGCCGAGCUUGACAAUUACGAAGUAGUCUACGCGUGGGGGGGCGUCGUACUAGACCAAUCAGGGUACGACGAGGUGGUGGCAAAGACGGAAUGGGUGGAGCAUGUCGAGGAUCCGAGUCAAUACCACGAAGUGGAGAUGAUUGCUGUCCCCAGAACGAGUAUGAAGACCACGAGAACUUUGGAAGCUCGGAAGUUCGAAUGGGGAGAUUGGCAGAAGCAGGAGGGGGCAGCGCGUGACUUGGUCCAAGCCAGCUGUUACGAGCUGACACAUCGAUCCAAGGGGAAGCAAUUUGGACGAUUCGACUACAUUCACGAGAAGAGAGCCGGAAAGGGAGCGCAUGUGUAUGUUUUGGAUCAUGGGGUACAGGUAGACGUCAAAAAGGAAAUUGGCGAUAAGGUAUUUCCGGGAUUCGACAACGAGCAGGAUAAUAGCGGUAUCGUAGAAACACGGGCUUUCACCAACCAAAAUGCUGCGCACAACAUUCGAUACGACCAUUCCCCUAAGGGUCACGGAACCAAAGUAGCUUCUAAGAUCGUCGGACAAUGGGGAACCGCAAAGGGAGCGACACUGGUGCCGGUGCAGGUCAAACCGGGCGGAGACGAUAUUGACAGCGGGUUCGAAAGGAUUGUUGCAGAUGUAAUCAGAAGGCGUAGGAAAAUACCAGGGUUCAAAGCAAUUGUCGUUAUGAGCAGGGGUACAGAACGCGCCGUCGGAGACAAUGGUCACAAGGGCUACACACGAGCAGAAGCAGAGAACGAUUACAGAGCAAAGCAACAGAUUCGCUGGAUAAAGGACUUAUUCAAUUACGGAGUCCCCGUGGUGCUUGCUUCAGGCAAUAAUGCCGAAACUGGAAGCCGAAAAAUCAUCGACCAUUUCCCCCAAGUCUUGGAGACGGAUGACUUUCCCAUUCUCAAUGUCGGAGCUGCAACGCUUGCAGGCAAAGCUGCACCUUUCUCGCAAGGCCUGGGUACUCAGCAAGAUCCAGAGAAGCGCACACAGCUGACCAUCUACGGUGUUGGAGUAGAUGUCGACGUCCACGAUCAAUAUGACGGUGCAGCAACGCAGGAUUCGGGUACGUCGUUCGCUGCACCGGCAGUGGCAGGCAUUAUUGCUACACACAUGAACUACGAAUCCUGGGACCAGAGCAAGCAAGGACUCGACCGAGUGAAAGAAAUUAAGAGAUGGAUAACCACGCCUGAGUCGAGCUGGGAGCGUGCCAAAGAUCCCGACAAGCAAGUCAACAUGAUCUGGAACGGCGCAGACAAAGCAGCCCACGACAGCGUCUCCAACAACCAGUCGCCUAGCCCAUCCUCUCAACCACAAAAGCGCACCUUUGCCGUCGGCCUCGAACAAACCACGACCCCAGAAUGCUCCAACACCAUCUCCAAUGGCGACUUCCCCCCAUUCACCACCUGCAAAUCUAAACACGAAAACCGAUACUUCUUCUACCGCCUCGACAACAACGAAGAACCCGACAGCCUGUGCAUCUCUCUACUCAACGACUUCCACCAAGACGAUCAAGGCGCAACAACUGAUGAGUAUCUCUUCGAGCAUCCGACGUGGCCGGCGGGAGAGUGGACACUGAAUCUCUUCGGCGAGGAAUUUGUCUAUAGAAAUGAUGGGCAGAGUCCGGGGGCGCUGUUCAAGGGUGAGCAGCAGAUUGGUUGCUCAGGUGAUCUGGAAAACCAUGAUCCUCUGUCGAAUGAGUUGUGUGAGAACACUCUGACCAAGGAGGAAGGGAGGAAGAGGAAACGGAGACGACUAAUCGGUUGCACGUGGUGAGUGCAUGUGUGGUCAUGGCAAUGACAUGGGUAACUCUUUCUUUUGUUUUGUUAACUUUUACUCUAUGUAGAGUCCUGGGCUAUUUUUUGUUUCCACAAUCUCCCAGGAUUGGGGU